CAUCACUAAUAUACCUAUUUCUGUUGUCGCAAAUGUCGAUCGCGACGGAAAUCCGCAACUUUGUUUACUUUGGAGGCAAGGCGUAAAAACAGGGAGACUAACCUCACCAUCGUAAUUUAUCGGGAAGAAGAAAAGACAAUAAAGAACGAGAUGCUAAGAAUACGUUAGUAAAACUUCAACAUAGCCAUUUGAAAGUGAAAGUAUGAGGCCCGUGUUUUGAGUUCUCCGUCGUGGCAACUUGCUUGUCGUUUCCACUACAUUGCGGGAAUUGAAAGUUCUGUCAAACGUCGACGUUAAGACUUUCGAACAGAGAUGACCCAAACAAUUACAAAUGUCAAUUACGGGUGCCACUCGACAUAAAAUAUUUUAAUGCUGAAGUUAAGUCUCUUAAUUUAAGUGUAUCUUGAAACGCAGAAGCGACCCGACCGACCUAGCCCCGUCGUAACGCACACCCAGCGGUCACAUGAGGACUUGGGCUCAGUAUGUCGACACACAGAGGGCGAACAUUUGCUACUUGUUCCCUGAAGGAGAAUAAAAUGAAGACAAAAGGCACGCAGAGGCAAGCUGGAGUCGUCUGGAAAGGAAAAGCUGGCAAAAAUGGUGAGAAGAAGUCGGUAGUGAAGUCCCGUCAAGCACUGCUCAAGCCUUUUGCUGGGAAAGUCUUCUAUCUCGACCUGCCGUCCAACAGAACAGCAGAGUCGUUGGAGAAAGAUAUAAUAGACCUCGGAGGGAGUGUUGAGAAGUUCUUCAGCAAAGAUAUCAAGUAUCUUGUAUCCAACAAGAGGGAAACUAAAUAUGUGCAAUGCCUCAGGCAAGACUCUCUACUCACCAGCCCGCAACCUGGACAGAGUUCACCUUGCCCUCGCUCAAAUACACUCCAGAAGGACUGCGGUAGCGGCAACAUGAAGAGAACGUCACAGGUUCAACCAGACACGUGCGUCACAAGUCGUGGGAAGUCUUUAGUAGAAAAGGCGGUGAAAAAAAAGGACAUUUUGCAGAUAAACAAGAUUCUAUCAAAGGCUAUGGAGUGGGGUGUGAAAAUCUUUUACAUUGACGAUGUGUUGGUGUAUAUCGAGAAGAAAAAAAAGACCAUUGCAGGCCAGCGUCCAAUCCCUACUGCAACCAAAACAACUGUCAAAGACUCAUCCACAGCAAAGCUCACUUGUCGGAAAGCCAAAGGAGGGCAGAUCCGUAAACCUUUCAUCAAGAUUGAAGAUUCAAGCAGACAUUACUGUCCGAUAUACCUCACCAUGACAAACAUGCCCGAGUUGAACCUAAAGACGCUUGCUCCUCAUAGUCCCUUCUUAGUUGAUGAUAAAUACCCUGCUGGUGACAAACAGCAAGGGAAGAGUGUCAAAGCCCCAGCUUGUGAAGGACAAGCUGCUGGUCGAAGGAAGACCAAAGACAAGAAACGAAGCGGCUACUGCGAGUGCUGUUUGGCAAGAUAUGAAAACCUAAUGACACACCUGCAAAGUGAACGUCACCAGGCUUUCUCAAAGAGUGAUGCUUAUCAAGUGGUGAACCAACUGGUUUCAACUCUACACUCCAGCUUCAUCCAUUUCAACACUUUUAUUAAAAGGCCAAAGUGCAGCGUUUCAUCUGUUCAACUUGACAUUGGACCAUUUGAAGGAAGUAAUCUCAGAGCCACAGAGAUUGUUAAAAAGGAACAGCACCAGCCUGCUGACUGCCCUACGGAAACUUUUUCUUUUCAAGUUACUUCAGGCCCUCAGUCUGCUCCCCUGCUUCACAGUGAGAGCAGGACUUGUCUGACUGUCUCACACAGGUCGAAGUUUAGACCUAUCUCACUUAAACUGCCGUCCAGACUCAACUUAUUGACGUCCUCCCCUCAAAAAGCUGCUCAGGAUACUGCACCCUCUAGCGGUGAAAGCACGGCCCAAAGCCACCUAUUCAUUCCUCAGGUCAACCUUGAUGUGCAAGUACCUCACACACAGACACACAGUGAUCAGGAGCCACGGUACGAGUUAUACGAUGGAAGCCCCAGUGUUGUCACAAAUCAACAAGAGACUGACAAGAACAAGGAGCCACCCAGGAAAGCUGGUGGAAACAUCUCAGAGGCAGAUGGAGAGUGUCUUUCUUCACUGAGCUGCUUUCCAUCCAAGACCGUGAGGAGGAAGGUCAGCGCUUAUAAACGCCAAAGAUGGAAACUAUAGACGCUACAUGUGAAGAGCAUGUAACACAGAAUGUGAACCUCGAUGCCACAUGAUGUAGAAUAUGUAACACAAAACGACGCUUGUGACAAAUUCUCUACAAACGCUCUGCCAACUUUUUCACUCAACUGAUAAAAUGGAUGUGGAAUUCUGACAGAUUUGAUUACUGGAUGGAAGCAACGUAUGACAAAGCACGACAAAAUUACAGACAGUUUGCAUGACACCAGGGAAUAAUCAUGCAUACAAUUUAAUAGUCCUCUUUUUUUUUCUGUAGAGCAAGGGUAGGGAACCUACUGCCCGUGAGCAAUUUAAUGCAUGCAACGCUAAACAAACACAACCUCAGAAGAACUGUUAUAAAAAGUUCAAAAACACUUAAGCCACAAAUGCUCAGCAUGUAUAGCUUUUUCAUGAAUGGAGCUUGGCCCUCAGAGAAGUGCAAUGGCCCAUUGUAUGCAAAAAAAUUGUCAAUAAUCUGACAAAAAAUGAGCAUCACAUUUCAUAUUCUUUAGCAAUAACUUGGAAAUAAUGUAGUAUGGAUAAGGGUAGGUGUUGGUUAAAAUGGAUGAAAACAGAAAUAUUGAUGUGACUGAAAUUUGAACACAUUAAAGCGUAAAAUAUUGUCUUAUUUCCCCAGUAAAAAAAAAGAUUUAAACAAUCAAUAUGUCUGGGGAAAGAAGCUGUAGAUGGACAUGCGAUUCUUAAUAAACAUGCACAUGAAAAUUC